GCCGCACGCUGCAGCCAGCGGCUCAGCCCGGCCCGGCCCGGCCCGGCCCCUCCCGCCGCCGCCGCCCGCUCGCGCCGCCACAGGUUCACCUUGCCAUUAAUCCAUGUGAAGACCUAUUGGAAGCAUCUUCUAGAAACGUAACAGUUUUUAGUCUCCUAAUAAAUUCUGCUGUGUCCAAGAAGAGCCUGUCCAAAUGAGCAAGAUAUCCCAACAGAACACCGCUACAGAUGCGAACGGAGUCAGCGUGAUUCACACCCAGGCACACACCAGUGGUUUGCAGCAGGUUCCCCAGCUGGUGCCCGUCAGUCCUGGUGGUGGAGGCAAAGCUGUGCCUCCAAGCAAACAGGGAAAGAAAAAUUCCUUUGUGGAUAGAAACAGUGAUGAGUAUCGGCAGCGCAGAGAGCGGAACAACAUGGCAGUGAAAAAGAGCCGGUUAAAAAGCAAGCAGAAAGCACAGGACACGCUGCAAAGGGUCAACCAGCUCAAGGAGGAAAAUGAACGUUUAGAGGCAAAAAUUAAGCUCCUGACCAAGGAGCUGAGUGUACUGAAAGACUUGUUCCUUGAGCACGCGCACAAUCUUGCAGACAAUGUGCAACCUGUUGGCACUGAAACCACCACAACAAAUCCAGAAAACAGUGGACAGUAGAUGCUGGUGCAACCUUAUGAAAUGAACUCUGGAGAUGCAGCUUGUGGGCAACACCCGUGCAGUAACCAAGCAAAAACUGUUCUUUUAACCAUCAUUUUGUGGAGAUGAUUUUGUGGAGAUUUUUUUUCCUUUUAGGUUUAACACUGAAGGUUUGAUACAAUUAAACCAGAAACUGCGUAGGGUAUUUAAGUAUUUUUCUCCUCUGAAAGAUUUAUCUAGCAAACACAGAUCUAAAUUCAUAGUCAACAAGGAGCUUAGGAAUACUAGAGAAAUAGCAUUUUCACAGAAACAUUCACUUACCUUAUAGUCUGCAUAAAUGGGAGGAGUCCAGUAAGAUGGUUCACUGCAGUUUCAGAAAGUCAUAAUUGGAAAUAAUGUCUUUUAAAUACCUUUUAGUGUAUUUAAGCCCUUUGUUUUCUCCAUUACGGAUUACGAAAGUGCAAAGGCUGUGAAGGGUGUUUGCUUUCAUUUUUGGUGGGCUACUUUGAAUCUGUAGAGCAAGUCAUGUAAAGCACCACUUAAGUCUUUCCUGUCAGGUUAUAGUUAAUGGGGAGGGUGUAGUAAUAGUGAGCUGCGAUGCUUACUGAUGUUUUCUAGAAAAAUAGCAGUAUACUAUGAUAGUAUAUCCAGGCAGCUGGCUUCUAAAUGGCAAAUGAGUCUGAAGCAUCAUGUACAAGAGGUAAAGCAGCAUACGGACAAAGCUUGUGUUCACAUUGCUCAUAUGGUGACUGGGGCCUUAUGAGAACAAGAUUCUGGUUUUCAGAAUGCAUCAAACUGCUACAAAAACCCUGUGCUCUGCAGAAUUGCAUUCUGGGGUGCAGGUAUCAGGGUGAACAAAACGUGCAGCUUGGCUGAGCAAUGAGAGGGGUAAGACAGCAUCUGUUCAGCCAGAACGUAUUUUCAUGGCUGUUCAGAUGUGCAGCCGAGAUCUUACAGAAAUUCACAGUCACUUUAAAAAAUAAAUGGCCCUAGUUUGAAUAACUGCUUCAAUAGCUAUCAUACAGUUGGUAUGAUAAAUAUCUUCGGUCUUGUUUUAUUUUCAUAAAAGUUUUUCUAUUCCAACUUUUUUAAUGCUAGUGCUAAGUCUUUGCCAUGAUCCAUAGUGCAGUGGUAUGUACUAUAUUGCGGAUUUGAACAAUACAAGUGAAACAGGAACUUUGAUGUAACCUUAAUUUAUUUUCAUUUUUAAAUAUUUCAUUGAUGGUAUGGUUGUGUUACAUUUAACCUGUGUGUCUGGCUAGUGGACUAUAACACUGUCUUAAUUUCCCUCCUACACUACCUUUUUCCAUAGAUGAUUUUGUAGGAUGCCUGUUUGCCUUGUAUCUGUACUUAGGAAGAGAAUUUGGUAUUAUCUCUAUGAAGAUGCUGUUAAAAAACAAAACCUUGAAAAGUUGUUUCUGAAUUUAAACUUUUAAUACAUGCACAAAACUUUUAUGGAUUGUUUUGGAUUAUGGUAGUCUUUUUACAAAGAUAUGUUUUUGGUUCUAGCUACAGCUUAAGUAGGUAGGGUUGAAAUAUCAGAAGCUAAUAAAAAACCUUUUGCUUCCA